AUGGCCCCGAAGCGGAAGCGGGCCAGGGAGCCGGCAAAGAAGGCGGCAAAGAGCCGCUCUGGGGCAAGCAAUUGGAAAAGUUGGAAAGAGAAAAAACGGGCCGAGAAAGUUCUCAAGAAGGAGCUGCAAAGGAAGGAGCUCAAGAAGGAGAUGAAGAAGGAGAAGAUGGUGCAGCAGGUAAAGCGCGAGCCGGCUGAGCAACGGCAGCAUCAACAAGUGGUCCUGGUUGAAGCCGACUUCGACAAUGAAUCAGACGGCUCACAAGCCGACAACCGAGGCAUAGUACCGUGUCAGCAACCGCCCUGCAUGGUCGAAAAGGAGGUGCAGACGGACUUGAGCAUUGCGGCUACAGCCCUGAUUGCUGUGAAGUAUGAAAAGCACCCACCGCGGACGCCUCCGCAUAGAGCGAGCUGCGAGGGUAGAUGGGGCCAGAAAGAUGUGAGCAAGUCGGGGAAAAUCGUGGCUGCCUGCUGUCUGACUAUCCAUGCAGCACAGAUGAACAUGACUUGCCUUCAAGCUCCACACGGACAGUCGGCAGAGACGGAACCGGUUCCUUCUUUCCUGGUGCUGGCCGUGCUACUCCCAGAUUUGAUCGAGCUGACUUGUUUCAGUCAGUUCGAUCACAUCUGGGAGCAGCAGCCGGGCAAAGCGGUCGCAGCUGCGGCAGCGCCUGUCAAGGCUUCAGCACCAGUAGUACAAUCCACGGCCGUCACAACGCCCCGGCAGGAACGACCUCCGCUCCAAAUCGGGACGAUCGAGGAGGCGCCGAUCGUGGAUUCGCCCUUCAAGGACAUCUUCUCCAUGUCUCCCUCAGCGCCUUCAGAGAGGCCUGGGGCCGGCAGGCGUGUGGUGACCAUCAAGCGAUCAGAGGAUGUUCCCUGCCGCAUGUGCCAGGAGCUGAUUCCCUAUGACUCCAAGUUCUGCAAGUUCUGCGGAGCGCAGCAGACGGUUGAGAGAAGGGAAAGCGCCCUGAAAGUCAAGGGAAAGGCAUCUGAGGGAACAGCGCUGCAGUCGGCAGAGCCGCAAGACACUGUCCCCAAGUUCCGUCGUGCGAUGGAUGCGGACCUGGACUCGGAGAAUCUCGUGGAAACGGUCCCUCGGCCAAUUAGCUCGAGGCUCCUGCAAGAAGAGCAGGUGGAGGAGAGUUUGCCGUUGCCACGGGAGGCCUUCUGCAUGAUGUGCGGCUUCGAGUUCCUUUCUGAGGAUGCAAACUACUGCAUGGGGCCGAGUGGCAAGUAA